UCCAUGGUGCUGAAGGCAGAAAAAUACAUUUGAGCUCCAGUUACAGUGCGAGCAAAAAGGACAAGGCACUCAAGAGGGGAAACAUAAAACCCGAAAAAACAAACUCGUAUGAGUGUGCGUAAUGAGGAGCUGAAGGCACUCAGCGAGGGGUGAUGGCUUUGAGAAGCGGGAAGAGGGAGGAGAGGUCGAGAGGAUGACGCUGUAGCGAAAGGUGGCUACAGUAAGCGGUGGGCGUGUUCUUGUUUUGAUCUAUCACACGAAAGCCUGCUGUCAUCUGUUCCGGCACUGACUUGACGGUCCAGACUUGUGAGAACCAGCUGGAACAGUGUACCUGCAAGCCUCUGCCGCGCUCUGGAUGAGGAUUUUUUUUCACCAUGUGGUCCACCGCGGGAGAUUUUGUGCAUUUUUGCAUUGGACGAAAGGAAUAAAUUUUAGAGUCAUAUUCAAAAGACUGAGUGCCCAGGGUGGUUUGCAAGCGGCGUUUGAGGUGAGAGCGCGUGUUUGUGUCAUGCCCGUGGCGGUGUUGGCGGCGGCGGGUGCGGUCUGCGGCUCCACUGCGUCUUCCUAGCGUGUGCUGAUGCUCCGACUGGCAAAGCUGGCACCUGGAUAGGAGUUUGGCACCAUCGGGACCCGAGGGGUCAGAUCUCCCCCUUUCCGCCUGAGGGGAGGGAGCACUGGGCCUUGCACCUAAUGGCCCAAUUCCACGUGUGCACCUGCCUCACCUUGAGUCGCAAGGAGUCCUUCUAGCAAGCCGACAAAUUGGACCGUACAAUGGAUGGACGUUUCUGUGGAUUUAACGGGAAUAGUGCACUGGUGCUCCUGCAAAGGUCAGAGUGUGAACCGGACUGGCCAGGUGAAGACAGAAGAUACAUUGGUAAACAAACCAUCGGGCACACCAGCCCAAUCUGAAUUAUUUGAAGAAUGAUGAGCUCCAAGGAGGAGGAAACUAUCCGCUUCUUCCAGUAUGUCGAGGAGAAUGGACUGAAAGCCUACAACGGCCUGCUGGCUCAGAACCUGGACCACGCCAGGAAUGAGAAGAAUAGGAUAUACUUGCAGGAGAAAAACGACAAGAAAAGAAAACAAGAAGAAGCCAUAAGAAGGACAGGGGAGGACAUAGCAACAGAAGGGAAGCACUUGCGUAUGGGCUCCAUCACCAUGCCAGACCCGCAGGAACGUAUGCCCAUGCCCCAUCCUCACGCUCUGGCCUGUGGGCAAGGCUUCUCUGUGCGAUCCCAGUCCCUCCAUUCGGUGGGCGGCAACUCUGGGGGCGGUGACGAAGAGGUGGGAAGCCCUACCUCCAGGAAGCAGCCCCCACCCAAACCCAGGAGGGACCCAGCAACCAAGCUGAGCAUGUCGUCCGAGGCAGUGGACCACAGUCCCGUUUCUGCCUGCCGUGGGGAAAGAUGUGACGCUCAAGGAUGUGGUGAGGAUUGCCGGAGGGUGCCACCACCUAAACCCAAGAGGAACCCAAACACACAACUGAGUGUUUCCUUCGACGAGUCCUACAUAAAAACCCACGGUGGCGGCGGAAUGUGCACUGCCAAAGGACUCCACCGAACUGGCUCCCCGUGCGAGCGAAACACUUCCCCACCACAGAGCGACGAGAGCCCUACAGACGACUGUGAGGAUGAGCCUGUCUACAUCGAGAUGGGCGGGAUAGAUGUUGGGGCGCGAGAGCUCCUGAAAAGUGAGGACGAGGAGCCCGGAGAGUCCGUGUAUGAAGAGAUGAAGUACCCUAUGCUGGAUGAUAUGGAGUACCGUACUGACCCAGUGGGGUGUCGUUCAGCAUGUCCUACCCCUGCACCUUAUGACCCAGAACCUCUCAGCCGAUGCUCUACCCCGAGAAACAUUCCUUUCUGUGACAUUCCUGCACCGUUUCCCAAUUUACUGACCCAUAGGCCCCCACUGCUGGUUUUCCCCCCAGCACCGGCCCAAUGCUCGCCAAAUUCAGACGAGUCUCCCCUCACGCCACUCGAUGUUACCAAAUUGCCAAUGCUGGAGAACCAAUCUUACAGCAAAUCCCCGACCUCCUCUACCGAGCCACCAUCCUCCGCACACAUCCGUAGAGAGCUUACGGCUACCCCGACCCUUACCGUCUCUGGGCGCUCUUCUGCACCUCCCCUGCCCUGUACUCUCUACAAAUCUUCCACCUCAUCCUCCUAUCAGCGCAGCCACUCGGCGUGCCCAUCGCCAGUUAGCAUGGGCCGCUGCCUCACUCCGUUGAGCCUAAUGCGAACGCCGCCUUUCGACGCUCCAGUGCCAUUUCCAGGGGGUCUGCCAAGGAGUGCCUCAGCCACCCCUCACGGAAAAGGGUCACCGCCCCAAGAUGCCGUAGGACGACUCCAUGGAUCAAUGCAGAAUGUGUCAACAGGGCGUUCACGGACACCUACAAGCCCGCUGGAUGAACUGACCAACUUGUUUACCACUGGAAGGAACAUGCUUAAGAAAAAUGCCAGCGGGAGAAAAUCCAAAGAGCCUGGAGAGACGGAGUCCAAAAGUAAGUCCCACGGGGAGUCCAAGCGUGAAGGGAAGGAGCGCCACAGUCACAGCAAGGAGUCCAAGCGAGACUCGAAGGAGCGCCACAGCAAAGAGUCCUCUCAUCGCAGAGACAGGGACAAAGACAGAGAAAAGGACAGAGACAAAGACAGGGAUAGAUCCGGCAAUGUGGACUCACUGUCUCACAGGCGCAACAGCAAAGAACGAAGCAGCAUGGAUGUCCCGCCUGUUCGCAGGGACAGCAGAGACCAAGGGUACAGUAGUGUGGAGCCCAUUCCGGUUAGAUGGGAUUCUAAAGACCGGAGCUGCAGUUCCGUGGAACCCAUCCCAUUAAUAAGAAGGGACUCAAAAGAUAAAGGGGUAAGCAAUGGAGACCUGAUGCUGAGACAAGAUAGCAAAGACAAGGGUGUGGGACAUGGAAUGGAGUCUUUGCUUAAACAGGAAAACAAAGACAGGGAAAGACUCCUUGAUCAAACACCGGAGUUGUUACCGAGACAGGACAGCAAAGAGGGUGCUAGGAACGGUGUAGACAGCAGACAUGAAAGCAGAGAAAGACUGCUAGAUCAGCCACCGGAGCUCUUACCACGACAAGAAAGUAGAGAGCGUGUCAGAAAUGGGGUGGACUCAAAGCACGAAAGCAGAGACAAGCCACCUGAGCUUCUACCACGACAGGAGAGCAAAGACAGAUUUAGAACUGGUUCAGAAUAUAAGCACGAUAGCAAAGACUAUCGUCCUGAUUUGUUACCCAGACAAGACAGCAAAGAGAGGGCGAGAAAUGAAAUGGAGCACAGACAUGAAGGAAGAAUAGACCAGCCACCAGAGAUCCUUCCCAGACAAGAAACAUCCAGGAACAGUAACAGUAAGGACAGGACUGUAUACAUCUCUGAAUCCAAACAUGAAGGGAGAGAUAGAAACAUUCACAAUGGCGGAGAUCUUCCACCACCUCUCCUACCCAGGCAGGAUAGUAAAGAUCUGAGCAGAACUGGCCUCGAAGUAAGACGAGAUAGCAAAGACAGAAGUCUGAAUGGUUCGGAUCAGCAGUAUUAUGACGGCAAAAUAACAAAGAGCCCGACUGCGAUGGAGUACAGGUAUGACAGCAAAGAAAGGGGAUAUAGAUCAGACGGAACGCCACGACGAGAGAACAGAGCAAAUCACAGCAUGGACUCAUCGAAAGCACAAGAGAGGAAUGGGAGUGCGGUAUCAGGCCAGCAUUCAUCAACCACGACUCCUAAUCACCACAACAGACCAACUGGUAGCCCCCCGAUGACUGCGGGCACUGGAAACGAUUUGAAAGCAGUACCCAAAUAUGCCCGUUCACCUUCCAUGUCUGCUAACCCUUCUCCAAUGGGGACACCACAAAGGAGAGCAGCAGAGGCUCAUCAGAACCAGAUGCCCCAGAUGCCAUGGAUAUGUGGAGACAACACCAUGCUGGAGCAGAUCGAGAGGAAGCGCACACUUUGCAAAGAGAUCCGCUCUAGACAACAUCCUCACCUGCAAAGGUAUCUUGAGAAGCCUCCUCUGGACAGGAAUGAGGACAGGCACCACGAGCGUAGUCAGUGCAAACAAGAGAGUGGGUCGGUCCUCCCGGCUUGUGGGAAGAGCAGUGGAGCCAAAAAGAUCCGUCCCCCUCCGUAUCCGACACAGACCACUGUAUUCUGGGACACUGCCAUCUGACUUGAUACAAACACACCUCUCAUAUUGCCACACAACCCGGAAUGAUUCCCUUCCUCUCCCUUUGGGGACAUCAAGACAACCAAUUAGAGCACCGGGGAAUGAUGCUCACUGAUGUCAAAGGACAAUGGUGUUACCAUAGCAAUAUUUCUGCUUGUUCAGGUUGUCAUGUUUUCUUAUCAUCGCUGGUGAUAUUUGAUAUUUUUCUAUUUCAUGUGGCUGGAUUCUUGUAAUAUAACUAGUAGAGUAGAUAUUUGAUGAAUAGAUAUUUUCUAAAUCAGAUGGGGAUUAAAGAGCAUCUUAAAGUAUGUAUAGUAGAUGUAAAUGCCAUCUAACAUUUGUUAUUUUAAGCUUUUUAUGUUUCAUUAGUUACUUUGAGCUAAAAUAUUCUACAAAUACGUGUCCUAUGGUAGCCUAUGAUUCUUAUGCCCCCAACUUUUUUAUGCUUAAAGAACUCAAAUGAAUGGUCUACUCAGUUUUGUCUGCAUCUAUUUGACAUUUUCACUGUUGUAUUGUAAGUUGAGGAGUUGUGUCAACAUUGGGGAUGGGUUAAACAGAUUGUUAAAUGUAUAACAGAUUGUUGAUUAAUUGUGUCUUGAAGCAUUUAUAGCAAAAUGGAGUGUACUGGGCACUGUUGAUUCAGUCUCAACUGUCUAAAAGGCGUAACAUGGCAGCUAUGGGAAGCUGAGCUACAGCCACACAGACAGCAUUUUUUCCAUCACAGUACAAAACUAUCAGCAAAAUAGUUUAGAACAAUCAAAAAUGUGAUUCUCCCAAGGGCGUAGGUUUGCAUAGGGACGGUAGGGACAUAACACCACCAACUUUUAGGGCUGCUCAAAUUGUCCCCACCAACUUUUAAGCAACCUUAUUUGGAUUAUAUAAUGAGUUCAGUUAUAUAGGUAAUUUAGAUUGUCUUCCCAUAAGUUGUAAGGAUAGAAUUGACCCUACAUUAUGUUCAGACUUACAUUUACCCCCUUUCACUUGCUGAAUGUGCUGGUCCAAUGUUUUCCACUUCAAACGCACGUUUGAUUGGCUGAUGACUAGAACCUCCACAUUCACACAAUCCCAACAGAAAUACAUGUCGACAUGCCGCCUCCUCCGCCCCUUUGAAGAGGAGGGAUAUCAGAAGGUUUUUUUUCGGCCAGCAGCAGCCAUUUUAAGUAAUGUAAAAAGACGUCGAUGUUGUGAAGGUGGGGACCACACCACUAAUUUUGCAACUGAAAGUCCGACCGGCAUCGGAGUUAGCAUAACAUUAAACCGUGUGAACUUGCGAAUCUGUGAAACUCGAGUAGAAAGCUGUUUAGUGACGUGUCUUCCUGUACUUUUUCAACUGUUAACGUUAAUCCAACUGUGUAUUUUGUGCAUUUAUUCCCUAAUUAAAAUGUAUUUUCUAUCUCUAAUCAUUAAAAAAUAUAUAUAUAUUUGCAGCCGAUGCACAUUUUUAACCCCCCCCCCCCCCCCCCCCAAAAAAAACAUGCAUGUUAUUCUGUUAUAGCGUCCCUACCAAUUUUAAGACCAAACCUACGCCCUUGGAUUCUCCCAUCCCAUUAAUUCAAUCAUUGCCAGUUAUUUUCAAAGCAGAAUCUCCCAUAUUGCCAGUUAUUAGAUACUGUAACAUUUUGCCUCUAUAUAUUUUUUUAAGACUUUUGUUCUGUGACAAUAUUAACAGCAAUCAUUUUAAGAAUAUGGGUUAGUUUUACCCAAAAUAGUGGUUUCUUGCCAAAUUAUGGGAAAAUUUACGUUUUUCAUAGAAUUAAUGUACUUACAGAUAUACAAAUCAGAAGCGUGCUCACUCAACGCAUGGCUUGAGUUGAACGUCAGUGGCUUUUAUUCCCCUCACAUGAUGUUUAUCAUUUAAUUCAUGAACUGCAUCAUAUAUUCUCACGGUCAUGAUGCACACUUUCUACUACCAACUACUGAGACACACGGUAUACUCUCCUUAUACCUUACAUACAUACUUUGUUCAAGUGUCAGGUGCCUAAACUUGUUUGACUUCCAAUGUGUUGGCGUUACUAUCCCUUGUAAUCGAUGUGACAAGCUCGUAUCUUUAACUAAAAAAGCUGUGCUGAUUUAAAAGCGAUUUAACAGCUAAAAAUUGGUGGGUUCAUCUUACACUCUUGAAUAAGGAGACAUUGUCAAACUGAUUUGAGUACCUUAGAAAGUCCAUUUAUAGGUAUAAACCUACAAAUAUACUUGUAAUACAUUCCAGUUAAUAAAUAUAAACAUUCUCGGCAGCGAAUAAGUUAAAAAUUUACAACAUUGUUUUAGUCUUUACCAGUCAUUCAAAGAAAUUGAAUCAAAAGCCCAUUCCAAAGGGACAUGCUUCAGAUUUCCAUCCAUGCAUUGCUCCUGCUUUUUCUAGAAUAUUCUACUGUACAGAUACAGCUAGAACAAAAACUGGAAUAAUUCGGUGAUUCGGUUCAUGUGUGUAUUACUGUACGAAGUCACUUAGACUUUUGAAGGAAAAAACUUGGCAGAGAAAGUGUGAUUAUUUCUGUAGCAUUGUACAACACCAAUAUGGGUGUGUUGGAAAGGUAGCAAAUUAGAAUAUACAUUUUUAACAGUAUAAUUUCCCAAACCAGCCAAAGCCCGUUUUAAGCGAGAAACUGUGUGGUUGCACUUUGGGUGGGUUGGCUAUUAGAAAAGGGGUCGGUGGCAAUAGCUGGUCCAUUGAAUGCCAGCACCGUCACUUUGCCAUGCACACUUGCAAGUACUAGAAAACAGUGUAAAUACUUGAUGCCAACAACCAGCCUGUACAAUCAACACCUGAGCUUUUAGAACAUGUCUUGAUUUUACUGCAGAUUAUAAUAGCCAUAUGCACUUGCUUAAGAAAUACAUUUCAAGAUGAUGCUUAUAUACAGUAUAUAUUUUUAAAAACGUGACAACUAGCGAGCUGUGUUAUGUGCGUUUUUUUGGGCAGGGAAGUAAAUGUGUCAUUCAGCAUUGGCUGCGCGGGAAAUGUGGUCAUUGACUGAUUGGUUGUCCCUGAAUAUAUAGCGAUUGGCUGGAAACUUUUACAGAGAUCAUCAAGGACCUAUAUCAUGGCAACAGCUCCGAAAACAUAUUUCAAAGACAGGGGUUGCACAAAGGCCACCGAAACGUGGGGGUUUUGCCAAGAAAACUGCACUGCCCAUCAUCGUUCCAUCACGUUCAAUAAUGAUGGUAAAAAUAUCCCUUCUCCCUCUGCUACCUCCCACUACCUCAAUCUCCUGCUUUCAUCAUCUUAAUUGGUCCCCUUUUGCACAUGAAAAUGCAAUGUCCACAUUGCCAAAUUGUAUGGGUUUUGACAUAUGAGCUACAGUCCUUAGAGUGCAAGUGCAGUAACCCCUCCUGUGGUGUGAAUCAACACCCCCGGGGUCCCUCUGUGUUGUACCGGUCGGUGUGCGUGAGCGCAAGGGAGUGAGCUCUGUGUUUGUGUGUGCCUAGCUACACUGUAUGCAAGUUGAAUCUUAAAAGAAAAAAUAUGAUUGUUUUAAAAUGUUAACUUGACCCCGCGCCCAUAAUAUUGGGUGAGGCGGGGUGAUGUUUGGAAAUGUAAUAACGAUGAUGUACAAUCUUUUUUGUGUGUAUAAACGUGCACUGUGAAAAGGUAGAGAGAGCACCGCACUGUCAGAGUCCUCUGUCUUAUUGCACUGAGUGUUCUUUUGUUUUGCGUAUUUCAAAAUAUUAAAAAAAAGGAAAACAUGUUUGAGGAAAAAAAAGUAAUGUAUUCUGAUUGUCACUUGGGUUUGUUAAGAGAAAUAAAUAAAUAUGAACUUGAAACCUGCCAUGG